AUGUGGGCACGAGGCUUUCAGCUGCUUGACCAACUGACACCUGAGCAGCUUGAAGCAGGAAGCAGUCUCUGGACGCACACCAACAACCCAGGUGGAACUAGAGACGUCACGCAGUAUGUGUCGACGAGUUCAUCGCUUACUGGUGCCAUCACCUUUGCUGUUCGUCCUUCGCCAGAACACGCACAAGAAGUUGGCUAUCUCUACCGGAUCCGCACCAACUGGGCCAUGGUUGAUGUGAACUUGUCUUUGGAGAAUAUUUCUCCCUACCCAGCCCAACAAGAACAGGCUGCCGUUCAAGGGAUUCCAUGGGGCCAAGUCCUAGGCUGGUACGAGGUGCGUGCCGCCGAUCUGAAUCGCGUCCUGGGUGCAGAGGAUCCUAUCAGCCAGUUGGGCCGCUUCACACGAAAUCCCGACUUUCGUCCAGACUCAACAGACCCUGGCGGCGCCCAGCCGCAGCUUGCUGGGCUCCAAAGUGCUGUUGAAGGACGUCACGGAUCCUGGGAGGCAUAUAUAGGACAGUCUGCAGCCAGCAAUCUGAGGCAGUACAUCAGAGAACAUGGACCCCAAACAGAAGCAGCAGAUCAGACCACACUCAGCAGCCUCGACUGGUCAGCGAUUGAAAUCCCGGGUCAUCUACGAACUGCCUUGGGCCAGGGUGCUGCAAGCGCGGCGCAGUGUGCCAUGGCGCUGGCAGCAGUUGUCGUGUCGUGGAAACGUGAUGAGCUGAAAAGAUCUAUUCCAUGGAACAUGGUAGACCGCCGUGAUACAACCAGCAACUUCAAUAAGAAAGCCUGUGGUAGACUUGCGGCUGCAGUUAAGGACAAGGCCGACAAUAAGGAACCUACUGUUCGAGUGUGCGACAAGCCACAAUCCGGCGGAGAAUGCAUCACUAUAGCGACACCUCCCCAAUCUUGCGUUUCUAUUCCUUCGGGAUGGAAUGACAGGGCGUCUACGAUUCUUAUUGGCGCAUCCGCUGGAAUAUGCCAGUUCUUUGGUGAUUAUAAUUGCGCUGGCGCCUCAUUUCAUUCCUCUUUUCCAGGCAACGAUCGCUUGGACGAGUUCGAUGAGGGUCGCUUUGACAACAUGAUUAGUUCCAUUCGUUGCGAAAACACCAGCCCAGAAACUCAGAUUGAAAGGCCACCAGUUAUUGAAAUAACUGAGCCGGAUGUCUGCAUCGCCAAGCCCCGCCCAUUGGCCGAGAUCCUCUGGGUCAUGAUCAACAACAUCGAUGGGGAAUCGCCAGGUGACCUCUUCGGCCGCAUCGAUGCUGCAGAUGACUUGGGCUCUCAAGUAAUUUACAAUGUCGCAAAGGACGAUUCCGUGUCUGUCGAGCCGCGAGACAUGAUCGAGCUGCGCACAUCCCGGCCUCUUGCGGCAAAUGGGGAUUUCGUCAUCGACCUGGAUCUCUGGGACAGAGACAGGGACGCGUCUCCGCACGACCAAGUUAGCAAGGGCAAGAUUUCAUGGAAAGCCCACGAUCCGACAAACGACUACGACGUCCCCAUCCAGAAAGAGAUUAGCGGCGAAUACGGCAAGGCGACCGUGGACUAUAUCGUGAUGAGCAGUGCGACAAAGGCGGUGGUCCAGAUAAUUAUGCUCGAUGGAGACGGAGAGAAACCCGCCGACGUCUUUGGGAGAGUCAGAGUAUCCAGCCGCUUUGUCCAGCGCGACCUGUUCAACAAGGAGGGCGGCAACAGCAUUGAGGUAUACCCUGAUGCAGUCAUCCCGUUAUCGAGGGCUAUAAUGGCCGUUCCGAUGCUCGAUACCCUCAAAAUUCAUGUGGAUCUUUGGGACCAUGACGGCGACUGGUCUUCCAACGACCAGAUAGCGAACGGAGUUGAAGAAUUCCGUCCACAGGUGUCGGGCUCGGAAAAAAGGGUAGUUGCAGGAGAGUACGGCAAGGUGGAAGUGUCAGUUACCUGGGGAGUAGACAAGCCUAAGGGGUGCUAA